CAGAGCACAGUACUAAUUCCGCAGCCGUAAAACUGCACAGCAUAAAGGACUGACGAUCUAAACAAGUGGCACAUCAGAAGGAAUGGACGUUUUGCUGCAUUCUCUGGACAUGGCAGCUGUCCCUGAGCCGGAGCUGGUGUGUAUUUUCGGGACCGGGGACUUGGGGCGUUCUCUGGGCCUGCGUCUGCUUCAGUGUGGCUACAGAGUGGUUUACGGCAGCCGCAGACCCCACGAAUGCGGCCCCCUGCCAGCAGGAGCCGAGGUGAUGACACACACCGCGGCGGCCCAGGCUGCCGGUUUGAUUUUCAUUUGUGUUCACCGAGACCACUAUGAAUUCCUGGAGAAAAUGGAGCAUCUCCUCCAAGGAAAGGUGCUGGUGGAUCUGAGUAACAACCUGAAGAAAAACAUGUAUCCAGAGGCCAAUGCAGCGUACUUGCAGAGGCUCGUCCCCAAAGCUUUUGUGGUGAAAGGCCUUAAUACACUGUCUGCCUGGGCCUUGCAGAAUGGACUUCUGGCUGGGAAACAGGUAUACCUGUGUGGAGACAGUACAGAAGCAAAGCAGGCCGUGGCACAGAUGGCUACCAAACUGGGCCUCACUGUGCUGGACAAAGGCUCCCUGUCAGCAGCGAGAGAGCUGGAGGACUUCCCCCUGAAACUCUUCCCAGAGUGGAGGCUGCCUCUAGCCAUAGCUCUCGGCCUCUCUGCCUUCUUCUUCUUCUACCUGCUCAUCAGAGAUGUCAUCUAUGCAUAUGUUGAAAACGGGAAUGACAUCUCAUACCGUAUCAUUGUUUCCCUGGCCAACAAGGUGUUUCCAAUUGUGUCACUCAUCAUGCUCUCUCUGUGUUACCUGCCUGGUGCUAUAGCUGCUUUUCUUCAGCUCUACAGAGGGACCAAAUACAGGCGCUUCCCUAACUGGUUGGACCGCUGGAUGCUGUGCAGAAAGCAGUUGGGUCUCGUUGCACUUGGCUAUGCUUUUUUCCAUGCCAUCUACACAUUUAUCAUUCCCAUUCGCUAUAGCGUCAGGCACAAACUCAUCUCAACUGUGGUGAAUGAGAUGAAGGAGAACAAAACCACCCCAUUUUACUUUGAUAAUACUGAGGCGUGGGGCACAGACUCUUUCGUGGCUCUGGGAAUCCUGGGCUUGUUUCUCUUUGUCCUGCUAGGGCUAACAUCCCUGCCCUCUGUGGGAGGCACCCUCAGUUGGAGAGAAUUCAGCUUCAUUCAGUCAAAACUGGGCCAUCUGACUCUGUUCAUAUGCACAGCACAUGGCUACAUUUAUGGAUGGAACAAAUUUCUUCGCCCUGCUACCUACAAAUGGUACACACCUCCAGGAUACAUGCUCUGUCUUAUUGUGCCUUCUGUGGUGCUGGUCCUCAAAUUGCUCCUCCUGUUGCCCUGUGUGGACUUAACCCUCACCCGCAUUCGCCAAGGCUGGGAGAGAGCCAAGCCAGGAGAGGAAAUGGGUGAGAUGAAGGCCACGGACCUGUAAACUGUGAUCUUUAAUUCAGUGUGCUAGCUAACUGUUAGCCGGUUGAAUCACAUGUUUUUUCCACGCCAAAAAAAGAUUAAAAAUGCAUUUUUAUUUUCAAAUUGUAAAUAGGUAUUCAUUUUUAGAAAUAAAGUUAUUCAUUCUGCACAGUAGAUGAUUUAAAACAUGCUACCCAAACAAGAAAAGAAUAAACAGUCUGGUUUCUUUCAUCCACAUGGACCAAUUUGUGUCAAAAAUUACUUCCAUUUCUUCAAAAAUGUUGAAAAACAAAUUGCUACCUCCCACUGAACCCACCACUUUAAUAAAUAUUGGCAGUAGUUUCUGUUUUCCACUUUAUGUUCACUUUAAGUGGCGCUUUUGUAUCCUUGAGGAUGCUCUCUUUUCAGGAUGUUAUUGAUCUCCCAGUUUCCUGACACAAUCACUCCUUAAACUUGCUUACCUUUCAAGGGUGUGCACGUUUCACACUAAGACACACUUGAUUAUGCUAUCUUUACAUAUGCUCAUACAUAACUAAAGGAUAAUAAG